CCAGAAGUGCAGCAGGCGACUGGCCCGGCCCGGCCCACAGGGCGCUAGAGGGUCAGAAAGGACCCGCCUUUCCCAGACCGGGGUCCAGCCGGGCGAAGGUUGUCCCCAAGGCCACGUGAGGCUUCCUCGCCACUAAAAGCCCCAAACCGGCAGGGUUCAUGAGAAAGGAAAGUUAAGGGCGUCCCAACCUCCCCGCCGCCGACCCCGGAGCCGCUCUUCCAGCGGCCGCCACCGCCCGCCCAGCGGCAGCCUCGUCCAGCCCAGCGGAGAUCGAGGCCGCCGAGCCAUGUCCCGCCGCAGCCGGGACGGGAGCCUGGGGCUGCCCGCGCCGCCGGCCCCGCCGCCGCCGCCGCCGCCGCUGCUGCUGCUGCUGCUGCUUCUGGCCGCCGCGGUGCCGCCGAGCCGGGCAGAAGUCUACUAUGCCACCGCGUACUGGAUGCCUACUGAAAAGACUAUACAAGUCAAAAAUGUACUGGACAGGAAAGGGGAUGCCUAUGGCUUUUACAAUGACUCCAUGAAAACCACAGGCUGGGGCAUCCUGGAGAUCAAAGCCGGAUAUGGUUCUCAGUCCUUGAGCAACAGGGUCAUCAUGUUUGCAGCCGGAUAUUUGGAGGGUUACCUCACUGCUCCACACAUGCAUGACCACUUCACGAACCUCUACCCACAGCUGAUUAAGAACCCUUCUGUCAUGAAUAAAAUCCAGGAGUUUUUAACGAAGCAAGAUCAGUGGACCCGGAAUAACAGCAAAUAUUACAAAGAUGACCCAUUUUGGAGACACACGGGCUAUGUUAUGGCUCAGAUGGAUGGGCUGUAUGUAGGGGCAGUGAAGAGGGCUGCAUUAGAGGGAACAAAGCCCUUAACACUGUUCCAGAUUCAGUUCCUGAACGCUGUUGGAGAUCUGUUGGACCUGAUCCCUUCAUUUUCUCCCACAAAGAACUCCAGCCUGAAUUUUUCUAAGAGAUGGGACAUGGGACACUGCUCUGCUCUUAUUAAGGUUCUUCCUGGAUUUGAGAACAUCUUUUUUGCUCACUCAAGCUGGUACACGUAUGCAGCCAUGCUCAGGAUAUACAAACACUGGGACUUCAACAUCAUUGAUAAAGACACAAGCAGCAGUUUCCUCUCUUUCAGCAGUUACCCAGGGUUUUUGGAGUCUCUGGAUGACUUUUACAUUCUUAACAGUGGUUUGGUAUUGCUGCAGACCACUAACAGCGUGUAUAAUAAGACCCUAUUGAAGCAGGUGGUACCCCAGUCUCUCCUGGCCUGGCAGAGAGUCCGGGUGGCCAAUAUGAUGGCAAAAGAUGGCAAGCAGUGGGCAGAGAUCUUUUCAAAAUACAACUCUGGCACCUAUAACAAUCAGUACAUGGUCCUGGACCUAAAGAAGGUAAAUCUGAACUACGGCCUUGGCAAAGGCACUCUGUACAUUGUGGAGCAAAUUCCUACAUAUAUAGAAUAUUCUGAACAGACCGAUGUUCUCCGAAGAGGAUAUUGGCCCUCCUACAACAUUCCCUUCCAUGAAAAAAUCUACAACUGGAGUGGCUAUCCACUGUUAGCCAAGAAGCUGGGUUUGGAAUACUCUUACGAUCUGUCUUCACGAGCCAAAAUCUUCCGGCGUGACCAAGGGGAAGUGACUGAUAUGGCAUCCAUGAAAUAUAUCAUGCGAUACAACAACUACAUGAAGGAGCCUUACAGUAGGGGUGAUCCCUGCAACACCAUCUGCUGCCGGCAGGACCUGAGCUCCCGCGACCCGAGUCCUGGAGGUUGCUAUGACACCAAGGUGGCAGACAUCUACCUAGCUUCUCAGUCCACGGCCCAUGCCAUCAGUGGGCCCACAGCUGAAGAUGGCCUCCCCGUUUUUCACUGGAACCGCUUCAACAAAACCCUGCAUCGGGGCAUGCCAGAGGUCUACAACUUUGAUUUUAUUACCAUGAAACCAAUUUUGUAACUUGACAUAAAAUGAAGGAGGGAGAUGAGGGAACAGAAGGGAACAGGAGGCUGCGAGAUACCAAAGGUACUAUUUUCAGCUAUGUUUUUCCAUUCAGAAUUAGUCUUAAUAAAAUAUAUUAAAUUCAGUCUA